UAUGACAGUAAUGUCUCCAGUGUGUCCUCUCCUCUGUCUCAGUGUCUCAGUGGUUUCCAUUGGACUGAACUGUAAAGUUCUCCAGGACAGUGACGUCCUAAAGUGUAGAGAGGUGGGCUUGUUUCUGGAAGCUUCACCUGACAGGACACACCUGGAGGAACCUGUCUGUCUGUCUGUCUCUGUGUUUGGGGACGUCCCACCAGACCUGCUGCUUCAGCCCAACAUCUCUGUGUCCUCCUCCGUGAACGGGGUCUCCGAGGCCCAGCAGCAGGGGUUUCAGGUGUUCAGGGGCUCCACCUUCACCAUCAGCUGCUCCAUCCAGCCACAGUACCCAGGAGGCUCCUUCCAGCUCGCCUUCACCUCCUCCAUCACAUCACACAACUACACCCAGCCAGCUGUCAAUCACUCUGCCCACUUCCUGUUUCCUGCUGCAGAGCCCGCCCACCAAGGAAACUACAGCUGUGUUUAUCACCUCCAUGUUUUUUCUCAUGACUUCUCCUCUGAGAGCCGUCGGCUGUCUCUCACUGUCUCAGAUGCAACAGGUCUUCUCAUCAAAGUGGUCGUCCUGCCGCUGACUCUGCUGUUGGUGAUCGCUGCCCUUUGUUUCUACUAUAAGGCCAGCAGGGGGCAGAAGCCGGGCAGGCAGGAGAACAUUGAGCUGCAUUAUUAUAACGUGGGUGUUUCUGCAGCUGAAGGAGGGUCGACUGAAGAGGAAGGAGCUCAGGGAGCAGAGUAAGACCUCCAAGGAGCUCAUCUCAGCUGCCUCACAACCCACCAUCAGCUCAGUCAAGGAUAUACGGCUGGAGUUAUUAGAUUACAAUAAACUCUAUUUGUAUUGCCCUCAACAUGAACAGAGCAAAACCAACAAUGUGUUAGUAUUUUCAGCCUUCCUGUCUGUUGCUCAAGCCCAUUGGUUCCUACUGAAGACGUCAGUCUUUAAAAGUCCUCACAAAUACAGUUAAAAGAAAUUUAUUCAUAUCCAUGCCAGAUUUUUAUUCAUAGUGAUUUUCAAAAUACCAAUAUGUUUCAUUGGGCUGGCAAUGACAUAAACAAGUGACAAAGACAGCAUGAUCUUGUGUUAGAGAUGUUAAUGAUAAAUCUUAACGAUUUCUAUGUUGGUGUUGUUUUUUUAAUUUGUACUGAAUAUGUCAUGUCUUCCCACCCUCUGUUGAACCAUGGUUGGCAUCAUAAGUGCCUCAACAGUCUGGACCCAGAUAAUCUACCUUUCCUCAAUAAAAUCCUGGAAAGAGUUGUGGUUGCACAACACCAUGUGUUCUACUGUACAUGAUAAACUGUCCCACCGAUCUGGUUUCGGAGUACAUCACAGCAUAGAGACUGCUCUCAUCAACAUCACAAAUGAUCUUCUCUCAUCAAUAUAAUCAUCCUCCUUGACCUCUCUACAGACUUCGAUGCUAUCUCACACACCCUCCUUCUUAACAGCCUCUCUGAACUUAUUGGCCUUGCUGGCACAAUGCUCUCCUGGUUCCUGUCCCAUCUCUUCAACAGGAAACAAUAUAUCACCUUUAAAGACUUCAGCUUCACACUGGUGCCAGUUAACAAUGGUGUGCCCCAGGGAUCUGUACUUGGUGGACCCCUUCUUUUCAAUAUCUACAUGCUAACCCUUGGCUAGAUUACAUGGACUUAAUUUCCACUACUAUGCUGAUGACACCCAGCUGUACAUAAGCAACCAACCCUCAACCCAGCUACCACCCUUGCCACUUGUUAACUGCCUGCGAGAAACAAAGAUUUGGACAACUGCUAACUUCAUCAAACUUAACACCAAUAAAACUGAACUCGUGGUGGCUCCAGCGUUGCUGAUGAAGAAAGUUGGUGACGUUCUCCUGGAGGUAGAUAGCUGCUCCAUUUCUGCAUCCCCUGAAGUGUGAAAUCCGAGAGUCAUCCCGGACUCACUCUUCCAUUCUAGUCUCACAUCAAAAACAUCACCAAAUCUGCCUCCUACCAUCUCAAUAACCUUUACAGUCUUCGGCCACACCGACCCAGGCGGAUUUGGAACAAUGUGAGCAGAAUACUGUUAUAAAUUAAAUAAAAUAAAAUAAAAGUGAAGCAUGUCAAUGCACAUCAUCAAAAAUCAUCAGAAUUAAACAAAUAUGAGCAAAAACACCCUUUUAUGAUACAUUUUUUGUAUUUCAUAAUAAUUUCAAUUAAUUUUGUAACUUAGGAAUUCAAUAUAUUUUUUAAGUAAGGUUUUAGCUUAUUUCAUAAUCAUGUUGAAUCAUUUAGUAAAUAAGUUGCUUAUUUUAUAAGAAUUUCUCUUUGCUUUGUACUUUUAAGUAUUUUUUUUUUACACAUUUUUCUGUGAAAUAUCCUCAUAACUAACCAAAUAACCUGAAUAGAAACAUGAAGAUGUGUUUAGCAGGAGCCAUCAGAAAUCAUAAAGAUGAAGAAAUUAAUAAAAAUGAGAUGUUUAUUCUACAUAGAGAGGACGUCACUUUAGGGCGUCUGUUAACCAGUUAAAGACGAAAUGAGGACAAUUUCAUGACAAAAUAAGAAUGAUUAGAGUUUUGGGGGUCAAAUGUCACUGUGAUUUCCAAAAAAAGAGAGACUGGAACAUUUAAUUGGCAUUAAAGGAUAAUAUAAGUGAAUAUUUUGUUCCGUUACAUGUUGUGAAGAUUAGUAUACCAAGUGUUCCCUGUUGCCUACUUGACCAUAACUUUUGUGUCUGUGUCUCUUAAUUUAAGUGAUUUUGUUGAAGUGUGGAGAAAGACUUUGGCCAGCCUGUAGUUUGUUCUUCAGUCAAACACAGUGCUGGUUCAAGCCUUCAAUGCACACACACAGAAGAAGAAGAGAGCAACAUUCAGCUUUAAUAAAAGAUUGUUCUGCCAACAGG